ACGAACCAUUCUUUAUUGAAAUUUGUUCAUAAGAACAAUGUUUAAAGAAUAUAUUCUUGAAAAUCAUACCGAAGAACUUAAAGAAAUGCUUAAGGAUCCUGAUGAAUUUAAAUAUUAUCCCCUCUACGUUGAUUUUAUUAUGCUUUUUGAUUAUGAUCCUGAAAAGGCAAAUAAUAUGUUGAAACAGCCAAGGCAUUAUUUAGCAUUAUUUGAUUCUAAUAUCAUCGAAGUUCAGGAACAACUUAUCGAAGCAGGUCAAAUAGUGAAGAAAAAAAUUCGAACGAGAGUGCAUGGUGUACCUGAAGAUAUAAAUCAAGCAGAAAUUGGAGAAUUCGUUUUCAUUACAGGAUUUGUCGUUCGAAUUUCACAACCAUCUAUUUCAAUUAUUGCUAAACAUUUGCUGUGUAAAAAGUGUAAACAUAUUAAUAUUAUUAAAAUUCAAUGGGAAACAGGUAAAUUUCCGAAUGUCCGGCAGUGCGAAGCAUGUAAAAGAAAAGGUUUACAUCCAGAGACAUCAUUGCAAGACCAAGAAUGCGUAGAUUAUCAAGAAAUCAAAAUUCAAGAUAAAUCUCAAAAUCAUAAUGAUAUCAUGUCAGCGUCAGAAAAAGUAAUUUUACUCGAAGACUUAGUUGAUAAAUGCACAACUGGAGAUUACGUCAAUAUUAAUGGAUUUUUAAUUCGAAAAUGGGGUAACAUUGUUGAAGGUCAACGUAUUCUAUGCACAACGUUCAUGAUGGCCAAUAGUCUAAUAGUCCGAAAAAAAAUUACAGAAUCAAUAUUUUGUAAAAACGAAUUAAUCAAUGUUUUUGACAAUUACUGGAAAAACUACGAGGCUAAUCCUCUACAAGGUAGAGACAAUAUUCUUGUAUCGAUAUGUCCUCAGUUGUAUGGAAUGUAUUAUAUGAAAUUAGCAUUAGCUUUAGUUUUGGCUGGUGGUGUAAGAAAAACUUCGAAACCAGGAACAAGAAUACGAGGUGACAUACAUCUAUUACUGUGCGGAGAUCCUGGUACUGGCAAAUCUCAAAUACUUCAAACAGCGACAAAAUUAUCAAAUCGAUCCGUUCUAACGACAGGAAUUGGAAGUACUGCUGCUGGCCUUACAGCCGCAGCUGUAAAAGAUUCAGAUGGUUGGCAUUUGGAAGCUGGGGCUUUGGUAUCAGCUAAUGGUGGUGUUUGUUGUAUCGAUGAAUUAACUACAAUGAGCACCAACGAUAUGGCCUCUAUCCAUGAAGCAAUGGAGCAGCAAACUAUAUCCAUCGCUAAAGCAGGUAUGAUCAGUACACUUAAAUCUAAAUGCUCUGUCAUUGCAGCUAUAAAUCCAGUUGGCGGUAGAUUUGUGGAUGGUGAAGAAGUGAAGAUGGGGCUCGGUGACCCAUUACUUUCCAGAUUUGAUCUUAUUCUUUUUCUGAGAGAUAAUCCCUCUUCAGAAUGGGAUGAAUUGGUUUCGAGUCAUAUCCUUCAAACAGCAAUGUCUAAUGGUAAUGAUCGGAGUAAAAUGAAUUCUUCAGAUCAGGAUUAUAAUAGUAUGUCUGAAAGUAUGUAUAAAGAUAAUUUUGAUGCUUCUUCCAACAUAGAAAUAAACUCCAUAGGCAAUUUAUCUUCUAUAAAAAAUGGUGUAUGGGAUGAGAAAUCUUUGUGCGAAUAUUUUUCACAUAUUCACACAUUUGAACCAUCAAUGUCAAAGGAAGCUGAGAAAAUCUUGUGCACAGUGUACUCAUAUCACAGACAAAAAUCUGGCAGACGACAGGAGCGAACUACCGUUCGUCUAAUGGAUAGUUUAAUCAGGUUAGCUGAAGCACAUGCAAAACUUAUGUAUAGAACGAAAAUUCUUGUAAUGGAUGCAAUAUUCGCUGCAAAAUUGAUAAAUCUAUCAAUUGAAAUGGAUAAUGAAAAUAACAAAUUUCCUACAGAUUCAUUAUCUACAUAUAAGAACGAAGGUGCUGAAAUACUCUGUAAACUUAAUUUGGAUGACCUUGUUGGUCUCUUGUAGAUAAAAAAAGAUUUAGUGCUCUAAUUACACUU